AUGGCCGUCGCUCUACCUCGGCGAUUUUAUUCGCUGCUCUGGGUCGCAGUUCUUCUUGCACUCGUCGUCUUCUUUGUCUUCCUCCGCGAAGACACCUGGUCAUCAAUUCCUCGACCUCCUAACGGUUGGAAGAUUCCUUUCACCACCGACGAUGGCGUCCUCUCCUCAUGGAUGGGCAACACCAAGAAGGCACCCGCAAAGAACCCCGACGACCCUCUGCGCAUCAUGCUCGUAGAGUCCUCCGGUACUCACGACGAAGUUGCCGCUGCCCUCAUGCACGCCUUCGGUGGCCAAGAAGGCUCCCAGCUCGAAGUCUUCUUCGCCAACCAGCGAUUCCGCAUGCAGGACAUCAUGGGCAACUUCAGCCUUCCCGCCAACAUCACCAUUAACAAGUGGGAUAAGUUUGCCAGCGCCGUCACAGAGAACCCCCCUCACAUUCUCGUAUCCACGACCUGCGAGUUUGAUCUCGACCGCGGCGCCGAUCCUAUCGUCAACCUUCUCAAGACCGCUAGCACCCAUCUGUUCUGCACGAUCCACCACGCCGAUCGAUGGGCCCAGGGCAAGUACGUCCAGGCUGUUCGAAGCUUUGCUGAGCACGAGCGCGUCGACUUUGUCGGUCUGAGCCAGCACACCGUUGACUUCUUCCUCAACGACACCAUUCCCAAGUGGCACACGGCUGCUAACCUCACCACCCGAGUUAUUCCUCCGGUCUUCCCUGUUCAGAUCCCCGAUCCUGAUCUGCAGCCUGGUAUUUCUCUGUCUCUCCAGGGCGAUUACUCUUCUGGCCGACGUGACUACAACGGCAUCUUCAACCAUCUCGGCAGCGUCGUUCGAAAGGCCGGUGAGGAGUCUGAAGGCCAUAAAUCUCAGAAUGUCAGCCUUCAUGUUAUCGGACACGGCACUCCUCCCCCCGUUCCCGACCAAGUCAAGAACCAAGUCUUCUUCGACGAGGGUCUCUCGUACCCCGACUUCUACACACUGCUUUCCAAGUCGUUCGCGCUUCUCCCUGCGUUCGCCUCUAACACAUAUUUCGACCGCAAGGCCUCUUCCACUAUCCCCGCCUCUCUGAUCGCCGGUGCUCCCAUCGUGGCGUCAGAAGAGCUUCUCAAAGCCUACUCUUACCUGCCUCGCGAGGUGACCUGGGUUGCCAAGCCGGGCGAGGGCGAGAUGGACGUUAUCGAGCGCGUAAUUGACGACCGAGACGGUUUCCUCAAGCGAAGACAAGCCGUGAGGGAUCUUGCCAAGAACCUCAUGGAGCAGAACCAUGUCAACACCAAGGCCUGGAUCGAGGAGGCCUUUGAGAAGUACGAGAGGAACUAG